AUGAUACUGGAACCAGCAGCCAAUCACAGUCCAGACUGUGGGUCUCUGUGCAACGAGUCCGCAGCUCUGGGGGGCCAGGGCCCACCGGUGCUGGUCGACGCCUGGCUGGUCCCCACUUUCUUCGGCCUCAUCAUGCUGGUCGGCCUGGUAGGGAACUCGCUGGUCAUCCAUGUGGUCACCAAGCACCAGCAGAUGAAGACCGUCACCAACUUUUACAUAGUAAACCUGGCCACAACAGACAUCUUCUUUUUGGUCUGCUGUGUUCCCUUCACUGCCACACUGUACCCACUGCCCAGUUGGAUCUUUGGAGAGUUUAUGUGCCAACUGGUGAACUACCUUCAGCAAGUGACGGCUCAGGCAACGUGCAUCACUCUGUCAGCUAUGAGUGUGGACCGCUGCUACGUGACCGUCUAUCCUCUGCAGUCACUGCGACACCGUUCCCCACGCAUGGCUCUGGCCAUCUCUGUGUCUAUCUGGAUAGGCUCCUUGCUUCUGUCGAUCCCCGUAGCCGUGUACCAGCGUCUGGAGGCAGGAUACUGGUUCGGUCCUCAGACGUACUGCAGUGAGAUCUUCCCCUCGGCCCGCCUGCAGAGAGCCUUCAUCAUCUACAGCUUCCUGGCUGUCUACCUGCUGCCCCUUCUUACCAUAACCGCCUGCUACGCCUUCAUGCUCAAGCGCAUGGGGCGACCCAGUGUGAAUCCCAUCGACAGCAGCUACCAUCUUCAGGCUCAUGCAGAGCGAGCAGCAGCGGUGCGGGCGCGAGUCUCCCGGAUGGUGGUGGUGAUGGUGGCCCUAUUCCUCGUCUGCUGGGGCCCCAUCCAGGUUUGCAUCCUCCUGCAAGCUUUUGGCCUCCGCAGUUACGUCCUAUACAAGCUGAAGAUUUGGGGUCACUGCAUGUCUUACUCUAACUCUUCCGUCAACCCGGUGGUUUACGCCUUCAUGGGCAACAACUUCAGAAAGGCCUUCAAGCACGCCUUCCCCGCCAUAUAUCUGUGGCGCACGAGGGCGAGAGUCAGGGUGGGAAACAUGGACGCAGAGGAGGGGGGAGAGACGGAUUGCCAGGCACCCAAGGGAGAAGCAGAGAUGCAAUUUCUUUCAUCUGGGCCCUAAAGGUCAUGCUGGGCAUUUGGACACUGUGCACUCAUUGUUUAUUUAUAGUUUGUUCUGGAGAUGAGAGCAGUCUGCUCUAUCUCUCUCUCUCUCUCACUCACACACACACACACACACACACACACACACACACACACACACACACACACACACACUCACACUCACACACACACGAGGAGCAAAACCUGCCAUGUGAUCUUUUAAAAGGACGAACCAAUCAAAUCAAGAGACUCUUGUGACCCUCACAAGCUGCAGAAACACAAUUAUCUAUGUCACAUUUUUGUCUGUACUGAUGCAGUCAGGGUCCUGGAUCUCCUGGUUGAAUCUUUACAGUUUCUCCAGUUGGUGAAGAAAAGUGUGUAGGACAAGUGUUCUGGGUUAAACACAUUUUCCAAACAAUACAAAUUCUGCAUGGUCUGUCCUGUUUUCAAGGAUUCACUGUCAUCUCCGGUUUCUUUUAUUUGUUCUUUUUCCAGUGUGUCCUGUUUUUAGUGUUCGAGUAAAAUCAGGUUUCACUGCACUGAAUUGUUUAUUGUGUGACCGUUAGUGGAGCUUUAUCUUUGUACAGAGUGGCUACAGAUUCUAGCUAUUCUUGUAAAACAAUUGUGAUUCAACUAAAUUCAACAUGUGUAGCAACAGAAUCAGCUUGAAAAAAGUGGAACAGCAUGCACAUAGAACCACUCUUAACUGUUUCUAGCAAAUUGUUUCCUUAUUCUGUUGUCUAAUGCUGUCCUGGUCUGUCCUCAGUGGGAGUGGGAUAAGAUGUAGUCAAUUUUCCUCUAAAGCCCCAAAACAUGCUUCUUUGCCUGUGAGUCUACAUUAUGCAGGUAAUGUCAAUGUCUGCAGUAGGAAGAACACUCUAGAAUAUACAUGGAAUAAGACAAUUCAUGAAAAUAAAUCUGAGAAUAAGUUAUUGCACUUUUUGACCAUC